AUGGAUAAAAGUUUUAAAGCGAAUCCGAAAACCAAUCAGUGCUGUACGAAAAAGAUCGAUAUUUCUCCUGGGAUUUGUCUCGUUCACAGUUUGGCUGGUGGAACAGGUUCAGGGUUUGGAUUACGCUUACUUGAAGAAGCACAAGAUAACUUAGGCGUCCGUCUAUGUUUAACUUUUAGUGUUAUGCCAUACUGCUAUGGGGAGUCUCCACUUCAAGCAUACAACAUUUUGCUGUCUUUGGCUGGGUUGACGCGCAUAGCAGACGGUAUUGUUCUGUUGUACAACGAUUGGUUGCUUGCUCAAGUACAGCUGAAUUCGACCAGUGAAAACAAAACGAAAACAACAACACGUGUUUUAGAAAACGUUACUGGUAUUAAUAAUUUGGCGGCCGAACAAAUGACUAAUUUACUUGCACCGUGUAGUUCAAUGGAUUCAUCAGAAUCACACGAAGAAGAUAAGAACAAUGAUGCUUACUAUCUAGAACCAUGGGCUAUUUGUCAGACACUGACUCCGUUAUGUGAUGUAAAGUUUGUAAGGUGUAUAUCAAGCGAUGAUAGAAAGCAUAUUACACAGUGCAACUGGGUUCAUAUGAUAGAAGAUUUACAAUUUAAAUUAUGCCAUUGUCCAACUCAUUCCACAUGGAGUUUGAAUAAAACUUCCACAUCGGCAGGUUGUCAGCCAAAUAAUUGUAUUUCUGCACUAUUGAUUUACCGUAUGCGAAAGCCUUCAGAUUUAGUUUCUGCACAGUCGUUAGUUCCAAGAAAAUCGAAUUUUGUUAAAAAUACUAAGAAACCAUUCCCAUUUCCUGGUAAUACUCUUCUGCAAUAUUUAAGACCUGUGGGAUGGAAUGAAGAACCACUUGUUCAAUGGUUCGACUGUAAUUAUUUGAAGUCACAUAAAUCAGUAACUUUGGCAUUCAAUUCCUGUUGCAUCACGGAAGACUUGAAUUCCCUUAUUUAUCGUGCUAGGGUAAGACAAAAAGUUGGCGCCUAUUUGCACUGGUACGAAAAGUAUGGUUGCACUAAAGACAACUUUGAUGAAGCUUUCGAACAGUUAAAACAUGUAAUAGAAGCUUACAAGAAUCUAAUAUGA